CCGCGCCGAGGCGGCGGCGGCGAGGCGGCAGCAUGGUGAUGGCGGCGGCGGGCGCGCACCGGCCCGGGCCGCUCAAGCAGCAGAACAAGGCGCACAAGGGCGGCAAGCACAGCGGGUCCUCGCAGCGCCGCGCUGGAGGCCGCGUCCCCGUCAAGGCCCAGCCCCGCCGGCGGCUCCGCGACCUGAGCAGGGUGGACCGGCGGCAUCAGGCGCUGCAGCUGCGCCGGCAGCGCAAGGAGGCGGUGCUGGCGGAGAAGCGCAGCCUCGGCAGCAGGGACGGGCCCCCGCACCUCGUGGUUGUGGUGCUGCUGCACAGCAGGGCCGCGGCCCAGGACUCGCUGCGGCUGCUGCAGAGCCAGGACUCGGCCGCUGUGCGCGCAGAUGAGGGCGGAGCUGGUGGCUUUGCCCUGCUCUGCCCCCGGCUCAAGCAGCGCUGGCGCUUUGUCACAGCCCAGCCAGGGGAUCUCCACGCUGUUUUAGACCUUGCCAAGGUUGCUGACUCCCUGCUGUUCAUCCUGGACCCUGUGGAUGGCUGGGACAGUGCAGGGGAACACUGCCUCUCCUGCCUCUUUGCACAGGGGCUCCCCAGUUAUGCUUUGGCUGUCCCGGGAGGCACCGACCUGCCCCCUAAGAAGAGGAUAGAUGCCAGGAAGAAACUCUCCAAAUGCAUAGAGAAGCGUUUUCCCGAGGCCAAGCUGUUCCCACUGAACACGGAGCAGGAAUGCUCUCUGCUCCUGAGGCACCUCAGCUCCCAGAAGCAGAGGCACCUGGCUUUCCGGGCCCGCCGCGCUCACCUGCUGGCCCGUGCUGCUGAGUUUGUGCCCAGCCAGGACAGCCACCUGCUUGGGACCCUGAAGGUGUCAGGCUUUGUCCGGGGACAGACCCUCAACGUGAACAGCCUGGUGCACAUCGUGGGGCACGGGGACUUCCAGCUGAGCCAGGUGGAUGCUCCCCCUGACCCGCUCUCCUUGAACCCACGGGUGCUUAAGGGACAGAAGAGGAGUCAGGACAUGGAGGUUCAGGAUGACUCUGGAAAUGGUGCUGUUGAGAUGGAGGAAGAUGUCAAGGUGCUGAUGAAGGCAGAUCCAAGCAAGCAGGAGUCUCUGCAGUCAGAAGUGGUUCCUGAUCCCAUGGAAGGGGAGCAGACGUGGCCCACUGAAGAAGAGCUGCAGGAAGCAGAGGAUUCUCUGAAGGCAAACAGGAGGGUGGUGAAGGUCCCCAAAGGCACGUCCAAGUACCAGGCUGCCUGGAUUGUGGAUGAUGGAGAAGAAGGCAGUGAGAAAGAUGAUGAUGAUGAUGACGACGAAGAUGAUGACAUGGAUGAUGAUCUGAUGGAAGAGGCAGUUUCUCAGGAGGGGGAGAGCAGUGAGGAGGAAGCUGGGGAGGAGGAGAGCGAGACCAUGACCGUGUCCGAAUGCCUGCGGGAUGACCAGUACGACGAGAAGAUGGAGGAGGAUGAACAGAUGCUGGAGAGAUACAAGCAGGAGAGAAUGGAUGAGAUGUUUCCAGAUGAGGUGGACACGCCACGGGAUGUGCCUGCCAGAGUCAGAUUCCAGAAGUACCGGGGGCUGAAAAGCUUCCGGACUUCUCCUUGGGACCCCAAAGAGAAUCUUCCAAGGGAUUAUGCCAGGAUCUUCCAGUUCCAGGACUUCUCCCGAGCCAGAAAGAACCUCUUCAGGCAAAUAGAGAAGGAAGAGACUGAGGGAGCUUUGGUGGGCUGGUACGUUACACUUCAUGUCUGCAAUGUCCCUGUCUCGGUGAUGGACAGCUUCAAGGAGGGGAAACCCCUGGUCCUGUUCUCACUGCUUCCCCACGAACAAAAGAUGUCCGUGUUGAACUUCCUGGUGCGUAGGCAUCCUGGCAACAGCCAGCCAGUGAGGGCCAAGGAGGAGCUGAUCUUCCACUGCGGGUUCAGGCGCUUCCGAGCAUCCCCCCUGUUCUCCCAGCACACCUCAGCUGAUAAGCACAAGCUGGAGCGUUUCCUGCGCCCAGAUGCUGCCCUGGUGGUGACUGUGUACGCUCCCAUCACUUUCCCUCCUGCCUCAGUGCUGCUUUUCAAACAAAGAAGUAAUGGAAUGCACGACCUCAUUGCCACGGGCUCCCUGCUCUCCGUGGACCCCGACAGGAUUGUCAUCAAGCGCCUGGUGCUCAGUGGCCACCCCUUCAAGAUCUUCACCAAGACAGCUGUCGUGCGAUACAUGUUCUUCAACAGAGAGGAUGUGAUGUGGUUCAAGCCCGUGGAGCUGAGGACAAAGUGGGGACGCAGAGGGCACAUCAAGGAGCCAUUAGGGACCCAUGGGCACAUGAAGUGCCACUUUGAUGGGCAGCUCAAGUCCCAGGACACAGUGCUGCUGAACCUCUACAAGCGCGUGUUUCCCAAAUGGACUUAUGACCCUCAUGUCCCAGAGCCUGUGCCGUGGGUGAGGAGUGAGAGUGCACUGCCAGAGCAGGAGGUGGAGAUGGAAUGAGUCUCCAGCAUGGCUGGAGUUUGUGCCUUGGCUCCCUGGAUGCUGUUGGCCCAUGCACUGUGAGGACAGCACUGAUGCCUUGGACGUGUUACUGCUGGGGUCUGUACAGGGGCAGCUGCUGCUCAGGUACCAGCUAUAGCUAUUUAUUUUAAUGGAAAAUGUCAAAAAUG